AUGUCCCAGUCUCAAGGGGGGCAGAUGCAUCGAGAACAUCGGCCGCGAAAUGUCCAUGACGGCCGCCUUCCCCACAGGAGCAGAUUGCCCAAUGUUGAGCAAGCCCUACGCUUCUCUCCAUUUUCCUCCGUUGUCCCAUUCAACGUCGAUGUCGUUCCGAUGCCCGACGCCCGCACGCCUGGCUUCCCCUCGUUGUUUGCCAAUGUCUCGGAGCAAGAAAAGGCUGAACAACAGCUGCGACAGCUGAAUGAGCAGUCGACUAGCACUUUGAAUCGUUCUAGCUCCGCAGAACGAAUCAAGAAAGACUUACAACGGCUCAUUGACCCGGACGACAUCACCGAUUUGUACAACGCCCGCAAUUUCAAGGCACCUGUCAAACUUUACCGGAACGAGAAAAAUCGUAAAUCGCAGACCAAUGGAUAUACAAAUCCUACUACCCCAAAAGGACUCGGUCCACUGGCCUCAAGCGUCUUCCACCAUACCAGCUCAAGCCACCGUUACCCUACCCCUACAAGCUUCAAAAAACAAUCUUCAGCUGCCGCAAGUGUAACGGCACCCCAUUCGUCGAAGACAAAUUCACUUCAACCCGCGACUGGGCUGCCGACACCUCAAGUCGUCAUCCCUGCAAAAAGUCCAAAUGCUCACUUUCAACCCGCACGUCAAGAUGGAUUCAACCAGAUUCAGAGUCAUAAUCAAGCUGUUUUCAAUCAGCAAGCCAGUUCAGAGGCGACCUCACACACAUCUCCAACCCUUGGGUCGUCAUUGUCCCCUCAUCCGGCCCCCAGUCAGGUUUCUUAUAAAACUCCCUCUAAACCAGCGAUGAUUGCAAAAGCCGUCCAUUUACCAUACACUGGUACAACUUCCGCUGUGAACGGUCACUACUUCGCCUCACCUGCUUUCCCUGUUGAAUCGAAUACAUCUGACCACCACUCUGUGGCUUCGAACCUACCCAAUGCUCAACAGCCGGCCAAUGGCAAUCUCACUCCAAAUCCACAGACCCCAACAUACCGAAGUACCAACUCUUCAGUCUCUUCCUUACCAAAGUCUAGCGCUAAACCAAUGGUAGUGAUACCUGCAUCAACUACCCAUAUCACCAGUAGCGACUACGUCACACUUGAUUUGCCAUCUCCAGAAAAGGUAUCUCGCAAACGGAAACGUGGCUUUGGAGUUGAUGCAGCCGGUCAUGCUCCUGAGAUGAAGGACCAAAAGGCUGCUGCAGACGCGACGCUCCAGCAGUUUACUGAGCUCACAGAAGAAAUUUUUGAAGCGGAGGAUCAAUCCCAGCAAAAUUUACAAGUGUUCAUCCAAGUCCGUCUCGAAGAUCGUGAUUUGACUACGCUUACACCUGCUUUGCAUGGUAAAAUCGAUGCAUAUUUACAGAAGAUUAUAUCUUAUGGCCGGUUCUCAGAAAUCGCUGUUGACGACUUGCUCCGACUGCACACCCUUAGCGAAGGAGCCAUAUACUCAGUCGAGAAUCAAGACCUGGAUUUCAAUUCCGAAUGGACUGCAGACGGUUUUGAGAGCUGGGUGGAGCGCCUUGAAACCGCCAACCUUAGCCUUCGCUCGGCGAGGACCAUUCUCCGUACCAUGACUGGUGCUCGCGAGGAGAAACAGGUGUAUUCAGAGGAUCUCCUCUUAGCAAUCGUGAAGAUGAUCCAGAAAAUUACCGAUGGGUGUGUUAUUCCUGUUGUCGAGACGAGAAACUCGUCGGAUGGAAACCUAUUCGAGCAUUUGUCGACCCACAAGAAACCCCUAUCACACAUCCUGCAUGAGGCCAACAAAGUCUUAAUCCUAAUAGCAAGAAUUCUAUCUAAGCAAGAAAUGGCUGAAAUGAUUAUGACAGCUGUCGAAUUUUUCGCUAUCCGUCUCAUGUUCGUAGAGAAUGCUUCAAGCGAGAAAGAGUCUGCCUUAGGCAUUCAAAAAUAUGAGACUUUACGGCGGACAGCGAUGGACAUGAUCGCGAUUAUCUUCUCACGCUAUCCAAGCCAGCGCACUUUCCUGUUCGACGAAAUUUUAACUUCACUUCAGAGGUUACCCACAGGUCGUCAAGCAGCUCGACAGUUCCGGCUCAAAGAUGGUCGACCUAUCCAGUUAGUCACUGCUUUGAUAAUACAGCUCGUUCAGACAAGCUCCACGGUGGCGAAAUCUCCAAGGCCCGUCCAGACGAAGACCACAGCCACCAUGAAGAACGGCACUUCAGGCGAAGCUUCUGAGAAAGAGAGUGAAUCCACGUCGGAAAGUGACAGUUCUGAUACAUCCGAAGGUUCCUCCAAAGCGACCAGUGAAUCCUUAAGGAAAUUAAGACAUAAAGCAAUGCCUCUUUGUGCAGCAGCAGCGAAGAGUGCACAGCACGUGGUUGGGUACCUCAUGCAGCGUGCGCAGACCUCCUCAAAGAGUGGGGAUGAACCUCAUCGUCAAUUGCUUGACAUCUUUGUCGAGGACCUUUUACUAGUUUUAGGCUUGUCAGACUGGCCAGGCGCGGAAUUACUUCUUCGUGCAGUAUGUGCUCGCGCAAUCCAUAUCCUUGAUACCCCAAAAUCCUUAGCUCCUGCCAAAAACAUGGCCUUGGAGCUGCUUGGCACAAUGGGCUCUGCAAUUUCUGACUUGGUCGCUCAUACGCGAACCGCAGUGCAGAGUCUGGAGAAUCAUGACUCGAAAUUUAGUGGAUAUCUAACGCAGAUGUUCGAAGACUACACGGAAGGAUCACUGGAACCUAGCGAACUACUCUUGUGGAAUGGCCCUUACCACGCCGUGGUCGAGCAAUAUGAACAAGCUCCCUCUGAUGAUCUUCAAGCCAUGAGUGCCCAAUCCUACUAUUUAGCCCAGUGGGCGAAAGCUGUAUGUACUGUUUCACCUCAAGCGAGUCCUGCAGUCGACAAAUUAGCAACACGUCAUUAUGCGAUGCUCUCAGGAGAAGAGUGGGUAACAUCUGAAGACGUUCAAAGCGUUUCUGCAGGGCAGAGUCAAGUUGCGUAUGCCCUGACGAUCCUCAACAUGGACUUCUGUCGACAUUUUGAUUAUAUGCUGAAACUUCUGAUUGAUUCGGUUACGAGUGAACAAACCACGGUUCGGAGUCGAGGUCUGCGAAGUGUCACGCAGAUGUUAGAAAAGGACCCUUCGAUUCUUGACCGGGCAAGAAACGUCAAGAACGUCAUCCUGAAGUGUGCCACUGACACGUCACCAAUGGUGCGAGAUGCAGCACUGGCACUGAUCAGUAAAUGCAUCGCAUUGAAGCCAGCAUUAGAGGUCGAAUUCUUGAACCACGUCCUUCGCCUAAGCAAUGAUUCAGCCGUUGGCGUACGCAAGCGGUCCAUGAAGCUACUUAGAGAUAUCUACCUUCGCAAUGCCAGCAGUGAUAUCAAGGCCGCCAUCAGCGACAGUCUAUUGCAGCGAGCACAAGACAAUGACCCUGGUGUUGUGGAUCUUGCACGACAGACGUUUGAGGAGGUCUGGAUUGCGCCGUUCUGGUCAGUCAGUGACAGUGUCAAACCUGAUGCAGAAACCGAAAUCGCUCUACGGCGUCAAAUUCUUCUCAUCAUCAAAACAGCAUCACGAAAUCCAAAUGUGCCACCAGUUCUAGUCUUGAUCUUGAAGCAGCUAUUAUCAAGUGACUCUAAGAAUGCGACAGCAAAUGCUAAAGUUUGCACGAUCCUCGUUCGAUCUGCAUUUGACCUCAUGAUUGAUUCCGCUCAAUCAGCAGAUACUCCAGAGCAAAGACACAUUCUGGAAACGAUUACCAUCUUCGCAAAAGCUAACCCGCGUCUCUUCGACUCUGACCAGCUGCAAAUUCUUCAGCCCUACAUCGGCAAUCUCAACAGUCUGAAUGACCUCAAUAUCUUCCGUCCAGUGGUAGUGAUCUUCAGAUUCGUAUUGCCGGUAUUGUCCAGUGUGGAGCAGGGUAUGCUCGAGAGUAUCCAGACAUCAUUGCUCAAGGGUGUGUCUCGCCUUUCGAAAGCUGAGCUUAGCGAAGUCGCGGAAUGUUUGUGGGCCAUCAACGGUAGCCUGAAGAGGCCUGAUCCUCUGAUCAAGUUGAUCGCCUCUGUUAUCAAAAACCUCCGUCAAUUCGCAACCAUCAAUUUCAGCGACAACACUCAGAAGGACAACAUGCUCCGUGUCAAAAAAUACAUCCAAAUUGCAGGAUUCUUCGGCAAGCAUUGCGACUUCGAGGCUUAUAGAGGGGCAUUCCAGACCUUGCUGCCGGGAUUCAAAGAAGACUCGGUAGCCAGUCUGAUAGUGCAAUCUCUAAGUCCUUUCACCACCGCGUCACAACCUCUAAACCUUCAAGCACUGGCUUAUGACAGCGUCGGACUCAUUUGCCAAUCCUGGCCUUAUCAAUUCACAAAGCCAAGCGUCAGCAAAGCUUUUGCCUCCGUCCUUCAACGUGGUCAGCCUGAAUUGCAAGAAAUUGUUCUUUCAAACUUUCGAGAUUUCUUUACUGGGGUCGAGCAUCAGUCAGUGUCGAAACCUGAAGACGAUGCCACCUCGGAAGACGCAAGUGCACCGAAGCUUGGAUCUUCCAUGACAGCCAAUGAGCGGGAUAGUGCUUCGGCUUUGAUAUCGCAGCAUUUUCUGAAAGACAUACUUGGGAUUGCACUUGCUAGCCAGGACCUGUCGGCCUUGACUGCUUCCGAAGUAAUUGCAAGCAUCAAUCGGCAAGGUCUCGCCCACCCCAAAGAGUCCGGACCAGCUUUGGUGGCACUGGGAACGUCCUCUAACGCUGCUAUCGCCCAGGUCGCGUUUGAGGAACAUCGCAUUCUUCACACACAGCACGAAAGCAUGUUUGAGCGUGAGUAUAUGAGAGCGAUCUACGAGGCAUUCAGGUAUCAAAAGGACGUCGUCAAGGACCCGCUGGGCUUCAGCACGCAACCAUUGACUGCAAAGCUGGCGGGAAUGUGGGACAUUAUCAAGACGAGCAAGGCGAAGUAUCAAAAGAAAUUCUUAUCGAACUAUUGCGCCAAGAUCGACUUUGACCUUGAGAGACUGGAUAUGUCUGAAGACAUCUCCCCUACACUCCAGUUCGCCCGCUUUCUGCUAGAAAAUCUGGCCUUCUUUGACUAUAGUCGCUUAGACGAGCUGCUUCACGCAUUGGCUUGCAUGGAAAGGAUAGUAGGUGGCACGGGCUCGGCUGUUGCCCAUCAUAUCUCUACAGAAGUCUUUCACAUCGUCGUAGAGUCAGCUCAAGAUACCGACGCACGGUCCCAAAACCAAGCAGGGCUAGCAAAUGGGGAAAUCUCGGAAUAUCAGGCCAAUUCGCAGCCUCAACUCUCAUCUCAGGGGACUAAGGAGCCUGUCGACCCCGCAAGACUCAAGAAGCUGACGAGUGCGGCAGUCAUCCUAGCUUCCUUGUGGGAAGCUAGAACGUACCUUCGACGGUUAUAUGGGCAAAGUGCUAACCAACAACGACGCGAGAAUGGCAAAAGCAAGGGUACAACGAAGGACUUGAGCAAAGCCCCAACCCGCAUUCAAGGUGUCUCAGGCGAAAAGCUCGUAUCAACAAUUGCCGAGAAGGUCGCGUCUCUCAAUUCUGAAGAAGCCAUGAUUCGAGCGUGCGAGGAAUUUGUUGAGCUCAUGUCGGUAGACAACGAAGUCAAGGUCUCUGCUGAGAGUGAGGGAAGCCUCGGUGAUCGUCCAGAAACACCAGGAUUGGAUGAUGACGAGGAUGACAAAGACACGCCGAUGAGUGGUGCAUCUAGAAGCCUCAAGAGAAAAGGCUCUGGUUCGGCUACAAAUACCCCGUCAAAGCGCCGAGGUCGACCGCCACUGAAUCGCAGAAAAUCAAGCAGCCGGAAGAGUGUGGACGGUGAUGAUGCGGACGACGACUGGAAAUGA